GUUUUAGAUUAGCUGAAGCAUCUUCGAUAAAUUGGCUGUCUUCGGCUGUCAGUUUAUUAGCAGCUUAGUUGUCAAGAUGGGUGGCUGUUGGUCAUGUGUGGCCUGCAGGUCUCACCCAGAGGCAGAACCAAAGGAUGAAGAUGAAGAGGGGGCACUGACAGGUCAUCCCAGAAACCCAACCCAUGUUGCACCAUUUUCUGGGGGACUCCCCAAUGUUUCGGGGGACACUCUGGGGAAAGAGCUCAUUGAGGAACCCUCCAUGCCAGAACCUCUUCCAGCACCUGGCAUGACCAACGACAUCCUGGAGGAAGAGCUCACUGAGGAACCCUCCGUGCCAGAACCUCUUCCAGCACCUGGCAUGACCAAUGACAUCCUGGAAGAAGAGCUCACUGAGGAACCCUCCGUGCCAGAACCUCUUCCAGCACCUUGCAUCACCAACGACAUCCUGGAGGAAGAGCUCACUGAGGAAACCUCAAUGCCAGAACCCCUUCCAACACCUUGCAUCACCAAUGACCUACUGGGGAAAGUGCUCAUUGAGGCUACCUCAGUGCCAGUUCCUUCCAUCCUCACAGACACUCCAAAGGAAGCAGCUUCUGUGUCAGAGCCCUUACUAGAGCCUUUCAUUGCUUAUAAUUAUCUUCAGCAAGAAGUAGAACUCCUCAAAGGGUUACAGCAUGACUAUGUCCAGCAGCUUCCCUCGUUCUCUCCGGGCCAUCAACCUGCGAAUCGGACACAUGCGGACAAGGCUCAUCCGCAGUGAAGUUCGGCUGCAGCGGUGGGAAAGGGAAGGUAUGUUCACAGCAUGGCCCUGAAAUUGCUGCUGGGCUAAGAACAGCUCUUUUGUUUAUUUCAUGUUGAAAUGCUUGAUUUGAGUCUGCAUCUAAGGUUUCAGAGGGGAGGCCUGUGAGUGGGUUGUCAGUGCUUGCUGAAGUGUUCCUUCGUUUUCUGUCUUUCAUGUGUCCAAGCUCCAGUGCCUGUAAUCCAAGCAGCUUCUCAGAGUGAGCAGUGAUGGCAAGUGAUGGUGGGUGUGGUAGGAUGUCAGCCUUUGCAGCUGACCUCCUGCUUCUUCUUCUCUCUUGCAGAUGUUCCUGCAGGCCCUGCUGCACUUCUCCAGCCCUCUGGGUCUGAACCAUCAUAGUCCUCUGCCUCCCUUGAGAUUGCCUCCAUCCCACCCUCCACCUCCACCUCUUCCCUCCUCCUGCAUCCCUCUCCACUAGGGGUGUGCAAUUCGGGUAUUCGGGUGAUUUGGCUCGGACCCGAGCCGAAUCACCCCCGUUCUGUUUUGUGCCCGAAUCUGGG